AUGCGUUCGUACUGCACCGCAGUGCUAUUACUUGCAACCGUUUUCCUCGCAGCAGUUAAUGCUGCACCCGAGUCUGCCACCGCCAAGGUAAACCCAGCCAAGUCACCUUCGCAUCUCCGGUCCAUCGCCACCAACGGUCGAUAUGUUCCUCCCUCGAGGCUGCUGAGGAGCGCCGAGCUGCCAGCGGAUGAGGAAAGAGCAAUGAAACUGAGGCUUGUGAGAUGGCUCAACCGCUCACAGCAGACCAAGAUCUCCACCGUCGACACCAAGCAAGUCAAAAAGUGGGUGAAGAAAGAUGACUCGAUGGCGAGCGUCUUCAACCGUCUGGAGCUCAAUGCCGGAAUUGAACAGGCUCUGGCCAACCCUAAGUUGAGGACCUAUGCCGCCUACAUUGACCAGCUCAACAAGAAGAACCCCUCGAAGGAAGUGUCUAUGGUCGAAAUGUUCGCCAAGACCUACGGAGACGAGGCCGUGGCCAAAGCGCUCGAGGCGGCAGCGAUCUCCCGCAGCACAAAGAAAAUCGCAUCGCGCUUGCGGACGGACCUGCUGGACACGUGGAGCCUCCAAGGAAAGUCUGUAGACGACGUGUUCACGAUGCUGAGUCUGGAUAAGGCGGGAUCCGACCUCUUUGUGACGCCCCAAUUCAAGACGUGGGUUCGAUAUACAAAGAUGGCAAUGCAUACCCCCGAGCACUACAUGCUCUCGGCAUUGAAAGCCAAAUAUGGGUACGAUGGGCUGUCCAAGAUCUUUCUUGCGGCCCCCCGUGCCGGGGAAAUGGGGACCAUUGCUUUGAAUUUGGAGAACAAGAUGGUGAACACGUGGCUGAGCCAGAUUAAGACCCCAAAGAUGAUUCUUAAGCUGCUGAAACUGGACGAAGGAGUGGACAAGCUACUGAUGAACCCGAACGUGAAAAUGCUCAGUGGCUAUCUGCAUCUGUUCAACUCGAAGUAUCCUGAUCAACAAAGGACCUUGGUGGGGGUAUUCACGGAGUUCUACGGGGUCAAAGCUGUGUCAAACAUGUUGGAGGCAGCCAAGAAGGUGCCAGAAACGAAGGGCAUCGCGACACAAUGGCACGCAGAGAUGCUCAAAGGUACGAAGAUUCAGUGA